ACUUAGAGGAAGUGACGUAUUCUACGUUUUGAAUCGUGCGGGCUAACGAGAUACAUCGAGCCUGCAUAACCUCUGCACUGUCCAUCUUCCCCUUUAACAAAUCUGGGGGAAACUGCAAACUUCAUGUAUCCAUAAUCUCUGACACGCACCGGAGAACAGCAUGGACCUCCACAAAAUCAUCCACAGUGCCCUGCACGAAUUUAUCCAGACGUACAUUCCUGAUGCAGAUCUCAGCACACUGGAUGAUGUUCUUCUGUCGUACAUCACUGGGGUCCUGGAGGACCUGGGGUCCCAGCAGAGCGUUGAGGAGAAUUUUGAUGUGGAGGUCUUUGCAGAAAUGCUGGAAGCCUACAUACCCGGGUUUGCCGAAAUAGACAGUGUCAAAGUCUGUGAAAUGAUGUUCAGUCUGGCUUCAAAACUGGCCACUGCUCGGACGUCGGAAAACAGUGUGCCUAAGACAGGGACAGAAGAGGUUUCUUUGAAACUUGAUGCCCUGACCAGUCAACCAGAACCAGGACAAGAACCUCCGUGCCUUAAGCCACAGACAGAGGGCGCUACAGCCAAGCUGUCAGCGUCUGAGUGGGAGUCCCAAGAGCAGCACCUGCUGGAGAUGUUCCCAAAGUGCAGUUUGUCCGAAGCUCGCAGCGCUCUGUCCAUCGCCAAAGGAGACAUGGAGGAAGCAGUGCGCCUCAUCAUAGAGGGGGACGUCCAGCUCAGCCCCACUCCUAUUAAUGUAAACCAAGGGAAGAGCAUUUCCUCACUUGCAGACCAGAAACUUAAAGAGAGCAUCCUGGAGAAGUACAUGCUAGUGGACAGUGAGGAAGAUAACAAAACCCAUCGACCCGUUGCUCCCAAAGACGCUCCAAAGAAGCUUGUUCGCUACCAUGGUAACCAGGUAGUUACAACAAAAGGAGAGCGAUAUCAACUUGUGAAGAAAAACGAGACAGACGACAUGAAGAAAACCUACGUCAACCUGAAACCGGCCCGAAAGUACAGGUUCCAUUGAUGACGAGCACAGCACUGUACGAGCAGCUAGUAACAGCAUUGUUUACACUAAUUCUUCUUUAUCCAACUCAUUUAACCAAAACUUGAUGUAUUCCCUCAAACCCCCAGGUAUUAGGAAGCAUUUUUCAGUGUGGCAGUGGCUUAUUUUUAAAACGUUACUAACCAUCAUGCCUUGGAUAAAGCCGUUGUUUUUAAGUUGCACCGUUGUUGCUUUUUAAUCUUUUUUGUCUUUUUUUUUUUUUUUUUAAAUCAAUCGGUUGUGUUCUUGUUUGUGUAACGAACAGCCUAUCUGAUUUGUUUUGGCCACCUCAGCAGGUCUGAUGUCGCACUGACAGCUCUUUUUCUUUCUUCUUUUUUGGGGAAAUGUGGAUCCAUGACUAUAAUAUUAACUUGUGUACACUUCUUUCAUCAUCUUUGUAAAUAAGUGGUGCUGUUGAAGUUUGUUGUGAACAUUACAGGUCUUAGUCUAUUUUUUCCUUAAGUUUUCAUCAAGAUUCAUAAAUUUUGUUGAAGCCUUGAGGUUCAGCGCAGUUUGUGCUGCCCCAAAACUAUUACAUCUGACAGAUUCAUUUAUUUCUUGCAAUGUAGGACAAAUAUUUAAAAACAAGUCGUUCUUGUAGUAAUUUAGGAUUUACUAGAAAGCUAAAUUAAUACCUAAGUUUGCUGCACAGUAAAUACAUUUUUCUAGAGAUGGACAUGCUAUAACACCUUUUUGUGUAGAAUAUCAAAAUACAGGAUUGUGGGUAUCCCCCAAAUAGUGAAAUAUGAACCUGAUGGGCUUCAUUUUAAAGUCCAGAAUAUUUAUUUUUGAUAUAUAAAUGUUUCAAUAUGCAGAAUCUUAAAUCCAUUGCAACUAAGUUUCCAAAAAAUGUUGGUUGGCUUCAGAAGAUGUGCAAGGCAAUGAUUUGCAAACUUGCCCUAAGCUUUUUAUUUACUUUAAAACAGAAAUGACGUAUCAUAUCUGAUAUUCAUAUUUCAUUCAAAUGAUCUUUAUUGUUUCUUUUGUUUUUUUUAGAUAAUAUGCAAUUGUGAAAAACAGAACACCCCAUUCAGUUUUCAGCCCUUUCCAACAGAAUGUUCAAAUACUGUUGGAAAUACCCCCUAAUUACUAGUCUUAACCCUGUUGACUAAAAUAACUUCAGUGAGCUGCUUCUAGUAGCCAUACAUUGGUCUGUGGAAGGUUUUCUCCAUUCCUGACUUUCUCUCUGGCAAAAAUGUAAUCUCUUUCGGUCUUUGUGUGCACACUACAUACUUAAGUGUUAUCAGAUUUCCUUAGCCUCAAGCCUACAGUUAAUGAUCCAUCCAUUUAGGAUAGGAUAGGAUUAUUCACUAUAUCCACUAUAGUGAAUAAUCAUAACUGAUAAUUCUGUAUGUGUUGCAUAAAGGAAAUUGCUAUGUGAAAGUGAUCCAGGUUUGUUUUGAGCAAUUUUUAACUGCUGCUUUUAUGAUUAUUUACUUAGAAAUUGCAACAAUGAGGGAGAAUUAUUUAUGCUUGUAGAUUUAAAUAAAAAUGUAAAUUAGAUCCAAAAAUGAUGCACAUACAAAGAUGCUGCAAUGUUGAGAUAUUUUAGGUAAUUCUAAAUUGACAGUGAAGGGUGUAAAACUAGAAUAAUCUGCUCAAAACAGCCAGUUGUUGGCCCCUAAGCAGAUUCAUGUGCAAUAUGGUCUGCACAAUAGGGAUUCUAUAGGGUUUGCAAAUCAUUAUUUUAUUUAUCUUUCUUAACUUUGGAAACGGGAUUGCAUUAUUGAAGAUUUAAGGUUGUGUGCUUUCAGGUAAACAUAAUACUGCUGUGGUUCUCAUCUCAUUUGUGUUUGUGUGUGAAUUUUGCUUCACCCGAGACUGUUGUAAAAAUGAGUGAUCGUUUUUAUUCUUAGUUGUACAUUUAGGACAAAUAAGCUGACCUGAUUUUCUUUUCCAGGAUUUAGUAUUUAUAUUCCGCUCCUAUUUGUUGUAAGUAAUACGCAGCUGUUUGAAACCUGUGAUAUAUUGUUUCCCUGAAUGUAGUAUAACAGAACUGGGUGUUCAGAUGAUGUGAUGUUAUAUUUAUCAUGCAAUGGUGUUAUGUAGAGCAUGGAGCGGACUUAUCUGAAACUGUUAACUAAUUUUCUUUUUCUCCUUUUCCAUCAUGGCUUCAAAAAACUUAUGGUAAUUUAUAGUAAAUACAUUUUGUAGAGUACCAUAUGCUUCCUGUUUACGUUCUCACAGAACUCAAUACAAGUUAUUUAGGUAAAUCGGAGUGGGCCAUUUCAGUCUGCAUAUUGCCAUCUGACAGCGUUCAUACGCAGUCUUGGAAAGUGUGGAUUUUGCGUUUUCAUUUUCAAAACAAAAAUUGAUUUUGGGAAAAUUGUUUUCCAGAAUCUUUUUUUCCUCUUCCCAUUUUCUAAAUGACAAAAACCUAUUAAUGCUUAAUAAAUGCAGUUUUGUAUUAAAGAAACAUGUUUCUAACAAUUUGUUCCAUAAUUGUGAAAUUCUUCUAAUCAGUAUUUUGACUUUCGACUCACUGAUUAAAGGUGCAGUUAUUCAAAAGUUCAAAGAAGCAUUUUACUAACAGUUUGUCCUAGAGCCAACUUUACACUUUGGUUGAACUGGAACAGUUCUUGAGCUGGAUCUAAAAUACCAAAUAAACAACCAAAACUUAUUUUUUACAAACUAAAUAUAACAUACUUCAUUUCUUAUUUGACAGGUCUAAUUCAGGAUUCAAUUCCUGAUCUUGUGUCAUUUUCUUGUCUGAUUAAGGCCACAAAAAAGCCAUUAAAACACCUCAAUCUUACAAAAGAAAAGUUAUAUAUAUAUAUAUAUAUAUAUAGAAAACUGAAUCACUGAAUAAACUUGACAUAAAAGGAAACUGUAACAAGUUAACAUUUAAACCUUUUAAUGCCAAAGUGAAAGCAAACACAUUCACCAUAAUAUAGAAAAGUUUAAAAUCACCUUCCUUUUUUUGCCAUGUAUCAGGCAAAUGCAUUCAGUAAACAAUUCACAUAAAAAAACCCACCCAGAUAAAUUUUUUACACAAGAAUUAAAACCAUUUGAAUAGAGUGCAAUUAGUACUCUAUUCACCAUCAGUUAACAAGAUGGUGUGCGUCUUGUUAACUGAUGCACAUCAUGAGUUAACAAGAAGAAAAUCUGUGUCAACCAACUUUCUGAACAUGAAGCUCAAUUUGUUUGGCACGCCACGUAAUAUUCUGCUUCUUGUUUCACUCGGACCUGAAGCAUCGAAAACUUGCUCAGAAAUGUUUGAAGCAAAGAAACUCUUGUAUCGACCUGUCCUAGAGACCUUAAAAGGGACAUUUGCAGUAAGUUAAAGGCUGAUUAGCAUUUACCUUUACACAGGCUGUGGGAAAAAAAGGUCAAAACAAGUGCAUGUCAGAACACUGAUAACUUAGA